GGAAGGCAAAGAAGAGUUUAUAGCCAGCAAGGGCAAGUGAAUGAGUGAGUGAGAGAGCAGAGAAAACAUUCAAUCUGUGUCACUCACUCCUGUGAGCCUGCCUCCUCAUUCCAGGACAGCAAAAGGAAGCAAUUACCACAAUGAAGAUUGCUUUAAUUUUGCUCAGCAUUUUGGGAAUGGCCUGUGCUUUUUCGAUGAAAAAUUUUCACCGAAGAGCCAAAUUAGAGGAUUCUGAAGAAAAUGGGGUCUUCAAGUACAGACCACGAUACUACCUUUACAAGCAUGCCUACUUUUAUCCUCCUCUAAAACGAUUUCCAGUUCAGAGCAGUGACUCAUCUGAAGAAAAUGGAGAUGGUGAUAGCUCAGAGGAGGAGGAAGAGGAAGAGGAAACGUCAAAUGAAGAAGCAAACAAUGAAGAGUCUAAUGAAAAUGAAGAUGAAGAAUCUGAGGCUGAGAACUCCACCCUUUCUGCUACGACACCUGGCUAUGGAGAAGGGAACACGCCUGAAACAGGGACUGUAGGUCUAGCUGCAAUCCAACUUCCCAAGACUGGAGAAACAGGAAAGAAGGCUACAAAAAAGGAGGAAAGUGAUGAAGAAGAAGAAGAGGAAGAGGAAGAAAAUGAAAAUGAAGAAAACGAAGCAGAAGUGGAUGAAAAUGGGCAGGGCGUAAAUGGCACCAGCACCAACAGUACAGAUGUAGAAAAUGGCAAUGGCAGCAGUGGUGGAGACAAUGGAGAAGAAGAAGGGGAAGAAGAAAGUGUCCCUGAUGCCAAUGCAGAAGGAACCACAGUGGCUGGGGAACAGGACAAUGGCAGGUUUGAACCUACAACUCUACCGCAGGAGGUCUAUGGAACCACACCCCCACCACUGGGUGAAACCACCACCACUGAAUAUGAGGGGGAGUAUGAACAAACAGGCACCAAUGAAUAUGACAAUGGAUAUGAAGUCUAUGAAAAUGAGAAUAGGGAACCCCGAGGGGACAAUUAUCGAGCCUAUGAGGAUGAAUACAGCUACUAUAAAGGGCGUAGCUAUGAUAGCUAUGAUGGUCAAAAUUACUACUAACCCCAGCGAAGGCCCAGCCUGGGAUGAAUUCAUCUAUUCUGGUGCUUCAUGUGGCUACAAUUCUCAAAGUUCAACUCAGGAAGGUGCAAUAAGACACAUGUGCAUAUUAUAAUGUGGAAUGGUGCUACUGUUCCAAAGUGAUUUUCUGUAAUUGCUUCUGCAAGUAAUGGGCUUCAUGUUGCUUUUCCCUGGUAUGUUAUUGAGAGGUCAUUGUAAAUUAAGGCCAUUUAUCAAGUGGUGAACCAAUCCAUGAGAUCGAGUUUGAGUGAAUGUUUUGAGGCUGUAGUUCUCUAAAUCGUAUUUUGAAAGUGUUUGCUUUAUUACUAACAGCUCUUUGAACUCUUUGUUCAAGGAGUGCUUCUAAGAAGAGAUUCAUCGACAUUAAGACACUGUAUACAAUAAUUGUGUAGUUCUUUAAUCAUACUACCUAUCCAACACUGUAUAGUUUAAUUAUCCACCUCAUGUAUUUUUAUGUGACCUG